UUGAGGUAUGUUAAGCUUAACAGCUUUAAUUGGCAAACAAAACCUUCAGAGCAGAACGUUUUCAGAGAUGAAAUCGGUUGGAUAAGAAAGCUUCAUCGACGUACAAUGGCGGAUUCGCUAUUCGGGAGGAUUCUUGCAAAAGCUGACGUUUUUUACCGCCAUCAACAAAACGAUGAACCUGAUCUCACAGAGGGUGAUAAGCGUGGAAUUCUUGAAGAUUUGAUGACCACCAACAAAGCAUUGUUUUUUUUGCAGAGGUAUGGCCAAUACAUGGACGCAAGUGACUGUGUCUUAUUUCGAGACGAAGGUGAUCCACUCAUACAGUGGAUGAUGAAGAAGCGGCGAUAUUUGAUGCUACAAAAGCUGAAGGAAAAGGGAACAUAUUUCUCCGAUGAGAAGAUGAGAGAACGCGAACCGUAUCUCUACGACGUGAUGGUGGGGAAAUUCACUUCUGAGAAAGGUUGGUUUUUUCCUUUCCAAGGCGCAGUCCUGUGGUACUCCAGCCACUGA